UAAGAUGCUUGCUUUCUUAGCCCAAGCCUCAGCCUUAUAUGAUGCCUCCACCACCUCAGCUGCAUUACAAUGGUCAUUACACUGAACAAUAUGCAUCCUCCCAAGAUAACCUCUUUGUGAGCAAUCAGAAUGGAUACUACUGUCACUCUCAGACUAGCUUGGAUAGAGCCCCUCAUGACUACAGUGGUCGGAUCCGCAAUGGUAGUGUCUAUAGUGCACAUAGCACAAACUCCUUGAACAAUCCACAACAUUACUUGCAGCCGUCCCCCAUGUCCUCUAACCCAAGCAUUACUGGAAGCGAUAUCCUCAGAACUGAUUAUGUCCCAUCACACAGACAUAGUGCACUAAUACCACCUUCUUACCGUCCCACGCCAGACUAUGAGACUGUGAUGAGACAGCUGAACAGGGGAAUGGUGCACACAGAUAGACAGAGCCACUCAAUGAGAAAUCUUAACAUCGGCAAUUCAUAUGCUUACAGCAGGCCUGAUGCCUUAGUUUACAGUCAACCUGAAAUACGAGAACAUGCUCACUUUGCUUCCCCACAAUCUAACCAUUAUCCAUUUAACUUGAACUACAGUUUUCAUAGCCAAUCCCCCUAUCCCUAGCCUGCUGAAAAGCGCCCAGUUGUUGGGGCAGUCAGUGUGCCUGAGUUGACAAAUGUGCAGCUUCAGGCUCAGGACUAUCCAGCACCAAAUAUAAUGAAGACCCAAGUCUAUCGACCACCUCCCCCAUACCCAUAUCCAAGACCUGCAAAUAGUACUCCAGACCUUUCACGACAUAUCUACAUUAGCAGCAGCAAUCCAGAUCUGAUCACAAGGCGAGUGCACCAUUCUGUCCAGACAUUUCAGGAAGACAGCCUGCCUGUGGCACAUUCUCUUCAGGAAGUCAGUGAACCUCUAACAUCGGCACGCCAUGCUCAGCUGCAGAAAAGAAACAGUAUUGAAAUAGCAGGCUUGACUCCCAGCUUUGAAGGAAUAAGAAUUAAAGAGAGGACCAUGUCAGCUUCUGCAGCAGAUGUGGCUCUUCCGCGAGUUAUCUCAGAAGGGUCACAGCCCAACAUUCUGAUGGAGAGAACAAAGCAAAAAGAAAGUGAGCAAGAAGAAAGUGUGAACUGUGAUCAUAAGAAAACCCUUUCAGAUGCCACUAUGCUGAUUCACAGUAGUGAGGAAGAAGAAUUUGAAGAAGAAAACAAGGCUAGUACAAGUCUUUCUCCUCUCCCUGAAGAUCAAACACAACUUUCACCUGUUAUGGGUGGUUAUUCUCAUGAUUCAGUACUGAACUACCCUUAUAGCUCUGUUGCUUCAUCUGCUGGCCCUUUGCAUAUUCUUGAGCCUAAAUUACAUAUUACAGAGACAGAAAAGAGAAUGAAAGAUAUGAGCCCUGUUCAUUUACUAGUAGAAAGCCAGGUACAGAGAAGAGGGGAAGGACUGCUUACUCCAUCUAUGUCGGAAUCUGAUCUUACAACGUCAGGGAGAUACAGAGUAAGGAAAGAUUCAGUAAAGAAGAGACCUGUGUCCGAUCUUUUGUCUGGGAAGAAGAAUAUUGUGGAAGGCCUUCCCCCGCUAGGUGGUAUGAAAAAGAACAAAAAUGAUGCAAAAAAAAUAGGGCCUCUAAAGCUAGCUGCCCUAAAUGGACUAGCUUUGACUAGAAUGCCUCUGCCAGAUGAGGGGAAGGAAGAAUCAACGAGAGCAACAAAUGAUGAACGGUGUAAAGUUCUGGAACAACGGUUAGAGCAGGGGACGGUAUUUACUGAAUAUGAGCGCAUUCAAAAAAAAAGACUUAUAGAUGGUGAGUGCUCAGUAGCUCGGCUUCCUGAAAAUGCUGAAAGAAACCGGUUCCAGGAUGUCCUUCCUUAUGAUGAUACCAGAGUAGAGCUUGUCCCAACCAAAGAAAAUAACACAGGUUACAUCAAUGCAUCUCAUGUCAAGAUCUCUGUUGGUGGCAUAGAGUGGGAUUACAUUGCUACACAGGGACCUUUGCAGAAUACAUGUCAGGAUUUCUGGCAGAUGAUCUGGGAACAAGGGAUUGCCAUCAUAGCUAUGGUGACGGCAGAGGAAGAAAGUGGGCGAGAAAAAAGCUUCCGAUACUGGCCACGUCUUGGUUCAAGACACAACACUGUAACAUAUGGAAGAUUUAAGAUUACCACACGAUUCCGUACUGACUCAGGCUGCUAUGCAACUACGGGUUUGAAGAUUAAACAUCUUCUCACAGGACAGGAGAGAACAGUUUGGCAUCUGCAGUAUACUGACUGGCCAGAGCAUGGCUGUCCAGAGGAUUUAAAGGGAUUUCUCUCGUACUUGGAAGAGAUACAGUCAGUGCGGCGCCAUACGAACAGCACUGCGGAUCCUAAAAACUCUAAUCCUCCUGUACUGGUACACUGCAGUGCAGGUGUAGGACGAACAGGAGUGGUCAUACUGUCAGAGAUCAUGAUCGCUUGCUUGGAACACAAUGAGAUGCUGGACAUCCCACGAGUGCUGGACAUGUUGAGGCAGCAGAGAAUGAUGAUGGUGCAGACUCUUUCGCAGUACACUUUUGUCUAUGGAGUUCUCAUUCAGUUUCUCAAAAGUUCUAGACUUAUAUAA